GUAAUUAGCAGGCAAUUCAUCGAGUUUCGUCGGUGCUCCUUUCCCGCAGUCGUGCAUUAAUUACAUCGGAAGCAAAACGCUCGACAAACAACUUAAAGCAAGGAGAUGCCAAUCCACACGUUUGAGCUAGAUGAGAAGCAUUUCCUUGAUUUACUUGAGAAAUUGAUUGGGGAGGCUGGGCUCCUCCAAAAUAAUCCUCCGGAAGCAAUACCGAAAGAGGACCGAGCUGGCCGACAUGUGCUGGACGUGCUCCAGCCUUUCAGCGAGGACGAGGGCGGCCCACUCCGCAUUCGACAUAUCUCCUAUGUUGAGGGGCGAGGGAACAUCAUUGUGGAGUAUCCUGGAGAGCCUGAUGGCGGCAUCAUGUCGUUCGUGGGCUGCCACUUGGACGUGGUAACUGCCGACCCGCAGACCUGGGCCUUUGACCCCUUCAAGCUGACCCAGGAGGGCGACCAGCUGCGCGGUCGCGGCACCACGGACUGCCUGGGGCAUGUGGCGCUGCUCACCGAGCUUUUCAGGCAGCUUGGUGAGAAGCGGCCCAAGCUCAAACGCACCAUCGUGGGGGUGUACAUAGCCAAUGAAGAAAACAGCAAGGUGCUGGGCAUCGGCAUUGACAAGCUGGUGGAGGAGCACUUGCUGGACAACCUGCGUGCGGGGCCACUGUACUGGGUUGACGUCGCUGACUCCCAGCCAUGCAUCGGCACAGGUGGAAUCCUGGCCUGGUCACUAAAGGUUUACGGCAAGAUGUUUCACAGCGGUCUGCCGCACAAGUCCAUUAACCCUAUCGAGCUUGCCAUGGCCGCCGUACAAUACAUGCAGGACCGGUUCUACGCCGACUUCCCGGCCCACCCAGAGGAGGCCAGGUACGGCUUUGCGACGCCAUCCACCAUGAAGCCCACACAGUGGGUUUACCCAGGGGGCUCCAUCAAUCAAAUUCCCGGUCAGGCCACUGUGUGCGGGGAUUGCCGCAUAACUCCCUUCUACGAUGUAGACAAGGUGAUGGAGAAGCUCAGGUCUUACGUGGACGAACUGAACUCGGUUGCCACGGGCGCGCUGGAGGCCCUGCCCGUGCGGGGGCCUUGCUCCAAGUGGGUUGUCGUACUAGAGGUUGGGGGAGGGGGGAGGAAGGGGUGGACCGGUCCCCCCGGUCUGUCGUCGGUGAGGUCGUGUGACCUGGCGCGUUUUCACGCCAUGACCGCCGCCUUCACCAGGGUGUACGGCUUCUGUACGCCGUACGCCAUCACGGGCAGCCUUCCCUGCAUCCGGGAGCUCCAGGAAGCGGGAUACGACGUGCAAUGUAUCGGCUUUGGCCGCAUGGCAACCUACCACGCCGUUAACGAGUAUGCUUUGCUGUCGGACUUCAAAAAGGGCUUCCAGGUGAUGCGCGAACUCCUGCUACACUUCAACAACAACUAG